GGUCCUGUUACUCAAUAACUCAACCGCAGUUCAACGUUACACAUCUAUUCGCAAAUAAUUUUUAUCAGAAACUCAACAUGAAGUUCCUCGUCGUACUGUCCGCUGUCCUGGCCGUGGCCCUCGCCCGCCCCGACUCAUACAAGACCGACCACGAUGGCCUGGACAUCGAGGGCAUCGUGAACAACCCCGAGGCCCUCGCCAAGGUCACGGCCUGCUUCCUCGAGAAGUCACCCUGCACCCCCAUCGCUGCUGAAUUCAAGAGCGUUUUGCCCGACGCGACGGAGACCGCUUGCAGCAAGUGUACCGCCGCCCAGAAGCACAUGCUGAAGCUGUACCUUCUGAAGGUCCGCGAGACCGCGCCCGACGACCUGAAGGCCCUCAAGACGAAGUACGACCCUGACUCCAAGCACAUCGACGCUCUGAUCGCCGCCAUCAAGGACGCAAGUAACAUGAGAAAUGACAUGCUGAAGCUGUACCUUCUGAAGGUCCGCGAGACCGCGCCCGACGACCUGAAGGCCCUGAAGACGAAGUACUACGACCCUGACUCCAAGCACAUCGACGCUCUGAUCGCCGCCAUUAAGGACGCGACUACCGGCCGUUGGACAAAUCCCAAGAUGAAGGUCCUCGUGUUGUCUGCUGUACUAGCCAUCGCUCUGGCAGCUCCUUACAGCACCGACAAUGAUGACCUGGACGUGGAAGCUAUCGUGUGUAACCCGGAGACCCUUUCGAAGGUCACUCAAUGCUUCCUGGAUAAAGGACCCUGCUCUGACGUUGCUGCUCAAUUCAAAAGCGUGUUGCCCGACGCUACUGCAACUGCGUGCAGAAAAUGCACCCCAGCUCAGAAACACAUGCUGAAGCGUUACCUGCAGCAGGUCAAGGAUACCUCCCCUGAUGACCUUCAGGCCCUGAGAGAGAAGUACGACCCUGACUCCCAACACAUUGACGCUUUGGUCGCCGCUCUGAAGGACGCGUAA